CCGAAGCUGGUGGCUGGUCGCCACUGUUUGAGCCCUUAGCAGGGGCUGGCGACUGCUAUAAAAGCUCUUCGUGCAGAUCCCAACAGCAUCAGUCAUCUCUCUGAGUUUCCCCCAAAAACAACCACCCAAAAACCGACUAAAAAUGUUCAAAUUCGUUGCCAUCGUUGCCCUCCUCGUCGCCUCUGUGAGCGCUGGCCUGAUCGAGACCCACCAUGUGGUCCAUGAGCCCGUCCUCGCCAAGGUUGGAACCGUGGUGCACUCUGCACCCUCGGCUGUCUCCCAUCAGAGCAUCACCCAGGUGCACAGCAAGUCAUACAUCCAGCCCGUGGUUGCUCCCGUCCUGAAGACCACCAUCCACUCUUCUCCCGCCGUGGCUGUACAUGCUGCUCCCGUCGUUCACUCCGUGCCCGUUGUCCACCACGCUGCUCCUGUCGUCCACACCGUUCACGCUGCUCCUGUGGUCCACUCUGUGCCUGUUGUGCACUCUGCUCCCCUCCUCAAGACUGUUGUGCAUCAUGCUGCCCCCCUGGCCUACACCCUGCAUCAUUAGAAUCUAAAUUAUUGUUUUUUUUUUUUUUUUUUGUUAACUACUAAAUGAGAAAACUAAAUAAAUCUACUGAAAGUAUUAUUCAUCCUUAAA